AGAAUUUUGGCAGGUUAUAUGUUUCAGUUUAAUGCUGUAAAGCUGUGACCUUGUCUGAGAGGUAAAUUAAAUAAUGUAUGGAAACUUGGAAAUAUUAAAUAACGAAGCUUAAAGCCAAAGAACUUUACCACGAGUCUCUUCAAAAUAACAUAAGAAUCUAUGGAACCAUUUGCAUUAGCUAAACUGUAAGUAAACAAUUAGGCCUACUUAAGUUCUAAUUACAAUUGAUUGUAGAACUUAGCUACGCUAGCAAAUCAAACACUUGAUUUGUAGUUUUGUGCCUGUCGAUUAUCACAUUUGUAUCAGACGUCAUGAACUUAAGAAGAGGAACUGGCAGUGGUUUGACAAUGGAUAAAUGAUGGAAUAACCUUUAAUAACUAACGAAAGAUGCAUCGAGACAGUGUUCUUUGAGGUCAUAUUAUAUAUAAGAAUAUAAAAAAUCAAAUAUUUCAAGCUCUAAAAGCAUCGAUCACUUUUAACACACUCUUAACACAUACAUGACAUACUACUGUACUAAUGUAUGUGUGUGAGAAUAGAGAUCCAAACAAAAAAGAAAAAACAAAUACAAAGUGCUAUGUCGACAACAACAAAAUCAAGCCCAGGGGUUUUACCAAACGAAUUGAAUUCAACUGAAUUAAUCGCGACACUUGCCACGCUCACAAAAACGUUAACCUCUCUGGAACAGACAAUUCAAGAGCAGACGAUCCUAACGGGGCAGCUAAUCAAGCGGAAACAUGUACAUUCGGGGAAGGAAAUACAUAAUAAAGAUCCCUUGAAGCAGUCGACGUUUCAAAAGCUUGACAAAAAGGUUAUAGUACACGUGAAGGUGGUCUUCCUAAAGAUCGGGGAGAUCGACACCAUCAAAGAACAAUUCAACACAGACGCAUUCAUCCAGGCAAGAUGGAGAGAACCCGCUUUAGACGACAUCUGUCCGAAGGAGAUUGACAAAAUCGAUUUGGAACAAUACUUUAAUCCCGGUAUAUUUGUCGACAAUGCUAUUGGAGAUCUCAAGGAGGAUGUGUGGCAUCUUAUAGAGUUUGAUGAGAAAAAACAGGCCUUUCUGUUGGAGAAACGACGCGUCAAGGGGCUGCUGUUGGAGAAUCUUGAACUGAAGGAUUUCCCAUUCGAUACUCAGGAUUUGACCUUGACUUUGACCUCUGAACUACCGGAAUCUGACCUUGAGAUACUCCCUGACCCCAAUGAGUUGUCAAGUAUCAACGUCAAGUCAUUCGUUGAUGAGCAGGAAUGGCAUUUGCACGACCACGUAGAAACAAGAACCAAGAUAACUACUUCAGAGUACUCGAGUGCAAAACACAAACACUGCUCUCUCUCAAUCACCGCAAGGGCCUCAAGAAGACCUGCGUUCUAUGUGUGGAAUAUUCUUGUCAUGAUGCUUUUUAUAUCUGGCCUUAUAUUUUCUACAUUCGCCAUUCCAACCAGUCAGAUCGCCGUUCGCCUUAAGUUGGCCUUCACCCUUGUGUUAACUGCCGUGACGUUCAAGUUUGUCGUCAACCAAAGCCUUCCCAAGAUCCCGUACCUCACUUACUUGGACCGGUAUGUGUUAACGAGUAUGGGGUUUCUAUGUAUCAUAUCUAUAUGGCACUCUGUUUUGGCGUUCUUACACAGCGACGACAACGUGGUUCAAACCGUAGAUGGGUACGGGUUACUUGCAUUUGGAAUAUUAUACACAUUAUUCCAAAUACUUUACUACCUGUUUGUGUAUGUAGCAACGCUUUACAAAAGACAGAAGAUGGUUAGGCUUGAUAAGAAACAUAAGAUUCGUCUCGCAAUACAAGACCAGAGGAAGACAGCGUCUCUUUGUUUUGACAACCAUGCUCGGGUUAAGACGGAAACAAUUCUAGCAAGUCCUAAACGAACUCCAAAGCCAAGGACGUCACUUCCUGGGAUUUCACGUUGAUCUGUUCGAUCACCAUUCAUCGUGUCAUAAUCACUUUCUUACCUGCCUAGCUAGCUAAACCUGACUAAAAUAUUUACUCAUGUCUGAAAGGAACUUUUCAUUUUAAAUUAUUUUAAUGCCGAUUUGUAUUUUUUAACAAUGGAGGCAAUGAUGUACACAGGGAGAUAUCCUGAGUACUAAAAUGGUACUCAUGGCAUUUUAGAGCUGAAUUGAGUAAUAAUUUCAUCAAAUAUUAGUACUAAA